AGAAAUGGCUCGAAGCAGCCUGAGGGGACAAAUUCCCAAAACCCCUGAAUAAGUACUUUUAGAAUUGCAAUUUCAGCACGAUGAUCAAACGGGAAUCUCAGCGAAGAACCCUAAUUCUCAGAUCGCAAUAGAAAUUCCAUCACCACUGUACUCUCAACUCUCUCCUUCCGUCUCUUGAAUAAUCUUCGUCCUAUUGCAGAAAAAAAGUUCGAUUAUCGAAAAAGGAGGAAUGGUGCUAGUACUAGCAUUGGGUGAUUUACACAUACCGCACAGGGCGCCCGAUCUGCCAGCCAAAUUCAAGUCCAUGCUUGUUCCGGGAAAAAUCCAGCACGUCAUUUGCACCGGCAAUUUAUGUAUCAAAGAGGUUCACGACUAUUUGAAAACCCUUUGUCCAGAUUUGCACAUUACCCGAGGCGAAUAUGACGACGAUGCACGUUACCCAGAUACCAAAACCUUAACAAUUGGUCAGUUCAAGCUUGGCAUAUGCCAUGGUCAUCAGGUGAUUCCAUGGGGAGACCUUGACUCGCUGGCAAUGCUACAACGACAGCUGGACGUAGACAUUCUCGUGACAGGCCACUCACACCAGUUCACAGCGUACAAGCACGAGGCUGGGGUUGUGAUAAACCCAGGGUCAGCGACAGGUGCCUUUAGCAGCAUAACUUACGAUGUCAACCCGAGCUUUGUUCUAAUGGAUAUUGAUGGUCUUCGAGUUGUCGUCUAUGUUUACGAACUCAUUGAUGGAGAGGUGAAGGUCGAUAAAAUCGAUUUCAAGAAGACAACUAACUGAACUCACUGAUAGAGAAUGAUGCUUCUGUUACAUUUUUUUUUUCCUUUUUUUUUUUUCUUUUCUAAAUUUGUUUGUAAUUUUGGUUGUAGCUGUCCAGUUUAUGAGGUUGAAGUACUUUUGUAACUAAUAAAGUAUUCCAGAUUUUAUUUCAAUUUUAUUUUUUAGCGCAAA